UGCAUUUUUCGCUUCUUUUGGGUUGCUGUGCAUGGGACAGGGCUGUUUUUGUCCAACAGUGGAAAUAGCUUGAAUGGGCCUUGGAUCAUCGGCUGAUAUCGGCCGGCCUGCUGUGCAUUGCAUUCAUAACCCAGCGGCCUUUGGGGAUUUCACCGGUUCUUCCACUUAAGCGAGCUGCUGGUUAUUUAUUCGCGCCGGACGUUCAACCCUCUCCUCUUAAGUCCCAGCUCAGCUCGUGGGACUUUCCGCUCUUUCAAAGCACAGUCUCAUUACGCCAACAUUGAGAGAAGGAUGCCAGCGCAAGUCAUUUCCGAAGGCUCCUCGUUACGGCAGCGCGUUGGAGCAGAGGGUGCUGCGGACGCGUCGGCUCAGUCGAAGGUCAGCAAGGGUAAUGUCGUGGAAUCGGCCAAGUACGCGGACCAAUGGGUGAAGCCCAACUUCACUCUCAAUGAUAUCCGUGCGCAUGUGCCGGCACACUGCUUCAAGCGGGAUACUGCCCGCUCUUUCCGCUAUGUCUACGCUGACGUCGCAAUGGCGCUCGUUCUCGGGUUCCUCGCCACGAAAAUUCAUUUGCUCCCCGAAGCCGCCCGGUACUUUGCUUGGCCCGCUUACUGGAUAGCACAGGGUGUUGUCUGCACCGGCUUGUGGGUGAUCGCCCACGAGUGCGGUCACCAAGCUUUCUCAGACAAAGCAUGGAUCAACAACUCCGUCGGCUACGUUCUCCACUCUUUCCUCUUGGUGCCCUACUACUCUUGGAAGUUCUCGCAUUCCAAGCACCACAAGGCUAAUGCCCACAUGACAAAGGACCAGGUGUUUGUGCCCAACAAGCGUUCCGAGUUCGUUGAGAAGCUUGGACCCCGUCAGCGACCUAUCGACGACCACCACGAUGAGGCCGUGUGGAAGGAGGCCCCUGUUGUGGAGUUCCUUAACAUUGUUGCCAUGCUCACCUUGGGCUGGCCGCUGUAUUUGCUCAAGAACGUCACUGGUCAACGUUUCAACCAGUGGACGUCGCACUUCCGUCCCGAUGCUCCCAUUUUCGAGCCUAAGCAGUGGUUCUCGGUGGUGCUGUCCGACAUCGGCUUGGCGGUGAUGGUUGGGCUUUUGGUGUUGGCUGGCCAGAUCUUUGGCUCCAGUGCUGUGAUUUUCUUCUACGUGAUUCCAUACUUCAACGUGAAUGCGUGGUUAGUGCUCAUCACAUAUCUCCAACACACCGACCCCAAAGUCCCCCACUACACAGAGAACGAAUGGAACUUCCUCCUCGGCGCCAUCUCCACCGUAGACCGCGACUACGGCAUCCUCAACCACUUCUUCCACCAUAUUGGCGACACACACGUUGCCCACCACAUCUUCAGCACUAUGCCGCACUACCACGCACAAGAGGCGACCGCGGCAUUGCAGAAGGCGCUUGGCAAAUACUAUCUCAAGGAUACGACGCCGAUCUGGAAGGCGCUGUGGAAUUCUAGGAACACAUGUAGAUUUGUAGAGGAUGAAGGCGACGUACUUUGGUUCAAGCAUUAGGAGACUUGCAACCAGUAAGCAGUAGAGAUGGCUGGCGACGUACUUUGGUACAAACAACGGGAGGCUCCCACUAGUUAGAGAUGACGGGCCAGCUAUCGAUUUUCUUUGAAAUAUAUUUUCUUUACGAGG